UACCAUUCAUUCACUCGUUCUACAAGAAGUUUGUGUGCGGUGGAUUUUGUUUCAUGAAAAAUAUAUUUAAAUAGUGAUUGUGUACCAAGUAACACGAAAUAAUUCAUAAUAACUAUAAUGGCAAUGCAACCUCAUAGUAAGAAGAGAGUGUGUUACUAUUAUGACAGUGAUAUCGGCAACUACUACUAUGGACAGGGUCAUCCUAUGAAACCACAUCGUAUACGUAUGACGCACAAUUUAUUAUUAAAUUAUGGAUUAUACAGGAAAAUGGAAAUUUAUAGGCCUCACAAAGCAACAGCUGAUGAAAUGACUAAGUUCCACUCAGAUGACUACAUUAGGUUCCUGAGAUCCAUUCGACCUGAUAAUAUGUCAGAAUACAACAAGCAGAUGCAGAGAUUCAAUGUGGGUGAAGACUGUCCAGUUUUUGAUGGUCUCUAUGAGUUCUGCCAGCUGUCUGCUGGGGGCUCAGUGGCUGCAGCUGUCAAAUUAAACAAACAGGCCUCAGAAAUUUGCAUCAAUUGGGGUGGUGGUCUCCACCACGCCAAGAAAUCUGAAGCAUCUGGGUUCUGCUAUGUGAAUGACAUUGUACUGGGAAUAUUGGAACUCCUGAAAUAUCACCAGAGAGUGCUAUACAUUGAUAUAGAUGUACACCAUGGUGAUGGUGUGGAGGAAGCUUUCUACACAACGGACAGGGUAAUGACGGUGUCCUUCCACAAAUAUGGAGAAUAUUUCCCUGGAACAGGUGAUUUGCGCGAUAUCGGCGCGGGUAAGGGCAAAUAUUACGCGGUGAACAUACCGCUGCGUGACGGGAUGGACGAUGAGUCUUACGAGUCCAUCUUCGUCCCCAUCAUAUCCAAGGUCAUGGAGACGUUCCAGCCAAGCGCCGUAGUGUUACAAUGUGGUGCUGAUUCUCUUACAGGUGACCGCCUUGGCUGUUUCAAUUUGACUGUUCGCGGCCACGGAAGAUGCGUAGAGCUCGUAAAGAGAUUUGGCCUCCCAUUCCUCUUAGUCGGCGGUGGAGGAUACACCAUUCGUAACGUGUCACGCUGUUGGACAUACGAAACCUCAGUAGCACUCGGCGUUGAAAUAGCCAAUGAGCUACCAUACAACGAUUACUUUGAAUAUUUCGGACCUGAUUUCAAACUACACAUAUCACCAAGCAAUAUGUCUAAUCAAAACACGCCGGAAUAUUUAGAGAAGAUAAAGAACAGACUAUUUGAGAAUUUGCGUAUGCUACCGCAUGCGCCGGGGGUACAGGUACAAGCGAUCCCAGAAGACGCCGUGAAUGAUGAAACUGAUGAAGAAGAUAGGAUAGAUAAGGAUGAAAGAUUGCCUCAAAGUGACAAAGACAAGCGCAUCACGGGCGACGGCGAGCUGUCGGACUCGGAGGACGAGGGCACGGGCGGGCGGCGCGACUCGCGCUCGUUCCGCGCCGCGCCGCCCGCGCACCCGCGCAAGCGCCCGCGCCUCGACAAGGACGCCGCGCACACCGCGCACGCCAACCUCAACAAGGACGACGCCAAACUGGAUGACACAAAGGAUGACGCCAAAAACUUGAGCAAUGUUGAGGAACCAAAGAAAGAAUUACCUACGAAUCCCUGAUGCGCGCGUUAGCGGGCACACCCUGUACAGUGGCAUCGUUCCAAAUAUCUGUGAAUCACAAAAGACACGUGACAGAGUGACACUGACUAUCGUACUUUUGUGUGGCGUAACGAGAAGUUCGGUGAUGUAUAUUAAUGUAUUCCUUGUUACUGGUGUAGAUAAAACUAGUAGUUUGGACUUGAUGAUAGAAUUCUAUUUUAUCAAUUUAAUAUUAACUGCUAUCGACAUUCAUACUGUUGAUAAUGUGGAAGCUCACUUACAUUACAUCCAUAUUAAAAUCAUCCAAAAUUUCCGAGUGUUGCUCAUUUCACAUUAAGAUAUAGAUUUUGUAUUGUGGGUAUAAAAAACAAAGGACUUGUUGUGCGACAAGCCUCGGUACAAUAUAUUAUGGAAGUUUUGUACCACGGCACGGCGCCACGACAGCUGUCAAAAUGUUGUGAAAAAAUAAUGUCAAAUCACUAACCCGUUUACGAUACUUUGACCAUUGGAUCUCAGAUUCAGUUUUUUAAUAUCCUAACAUAAUUUGUUUAUUGUACUAUGUUGACAGAUUUAUGCGUGGUCUUAAUAUGUAGUUAUUAAAAUAUUAGGGAAUGAUUAUAUUCAACUACUAUUUAUAAUGUUCCAACAUUUAUAAUAAAAAAAAACAUUUACUCACGAAAUAAACUAUUUUUAGGUGUUUUGUGUUAUAACAACCUUGACACAACUUAGGAAUUUAUUGAUUUUGUAAAACAAAGCUACUACAUUCGCGUUGUAAUAUUGAAAAAUCAUUUGAAACAAUCCACAAUAGGUAAAUAAAAUAAUAUUGCUUUAAGGAAUUGUAUGAUCUGAAAUGACAGGAUUUAAUUUUUUUUGACAGUUUUAAAUUGAUUUCUAUAUUUAGAAAAAAACAUUUUGUUGUAACUCUUAAUUUUCCACAUGUCAUACAAUUUUCUGUUAUCAUUAAUUUAAUAAAUAAUGUCAUGGAACUGUUUGAUCUAAUUUUUUAUUUUAUUUUAUUAUUAUAGUAUUUACUUAUAUUGUUUUUAUUUAAUUGCCCAUAGAAUACUAUAUAGAUCACUAUCAAUAUGCAUUAAUAUAUCUAUGCAAUAUAAAUUAUUUCUAAAUGACUUCUAUUUUGGCAUUUAUCGUCAACAUAGUGCAAAAUAAAAUGUCAAGUUAAGUUAUAUAGAAUAAUAAGUGUUUUGUGUGUGAAUAUUGUGUGCGUCACAUAUAGGGCACAUUAUUUCGUCAAUUUCACAAAAUUGACACGUCGGGAUUAGUAUUUUUCUCGUUAUACUUUUAAUGAAGUAGAGAGUAGACAUUGACACAUUUUUUACAUGCUAAGUUAGGUAUGUAGAUUGGGAAUUUAUUUUUAAGACAUGCCCCAUAAUAUUAAGGUUUUAAUGCUUGCUUUGUAAAUACUUGACAACCAUUAAUUAGUUAUUAAAAUUUGUGAUUUGGAAGGAUUCUUAAAUUUAGACAGGAUAAAGGUAUUUAUUGAAUGCACAAAAUUGUAUAGAUUAUUCUCCUAAGGUCUGUGAUGACCAAUGCUACAUUUAGUGCAAGGUUAAAUGAUAAAUCAUGGUCAAGAUGAGACCCAUUUUUUAUUUACAGUUAGUUACUAUGCGUUCGUAAUUAUUUAAGAUAUCAAAGUUAGGAUAUAUAAAAAAGAAAUUUACAGCAUUGAACUUCAAUUGAACUUACAUUACUUUUCAAUUUACUGGAAUUGGUCUUUCUGUAAUGUAGUCAAACGUAUAGAUGGACCUUUUGGGAAUAGAUACCUUUUCUAGUACAUACGAAAAUGUGCGCGUAUCAUAGGACCAAACCAUCACACACCAUGUGGUGAGAAUAGGAACAUAAAAAUAAGUAGUGUUACACAAGUUUGCAAAAAUUUCACUGCCAAUGUAUGAUUUUAUGAUGCUUGAUUUUGCAUUGUGACGUCACACCACUUUGAUUGUAUUGGUCUACACUAUUGUUUGUGUUUUUGUGAAGGAGUUUUAAAUAUAUUAUGGAGCGUUUAGAAAGAUAAUAUCUUUUAGUAUGCUUUCAAACAAUUUUUGCCCGGAAGUUAAUUGAAGGAAGCUUAGCUCAGAUUUGACACUAUGUAUAAUGUAAUUUACAUAAAUUUAUAUAUCAUAGCUUUAUUCAAGCUCAAGCUAAUUUAUUAUAACUUCGUUGUUGCUGGAUGACUCACUUUAAAACUAUAUUAAAAUGUGUAUUAAUAACGUCAAUUUAGUUAACAUCCAAACAAUACUAUUAAUAUUUACUGGGUUCUAUUAAAACUAACAAAAACAAAGAACGCAAAGCCUUAAAGCAUAAAAAAAACAAAGCAAUAUUUUCUUGGCUCGCCCAUUUUAAGUAACCUCUUUAAUAUAUAGAAACUCGUCAUAUUCAUGUAAACCUAGCUUUAAGAGUUGCCACAAUGUUGCUUAAGGGAAGAACUGAAAUUGUAACGGUUAUUCAAAUGCGUGCGCCUAAAAAGGCAUUUAAGUCAUUUACAACCAUACACUCAAAAUUUAUUUAUUUAUAUUAUGUAGAUAAUAUGGUGGACGCCCUUUAAUGGUUGAUGUCUCAUCGUCUCCCAGUGACCGUCCUGAGCCGAGGUUCGUAACCCGUUAGUGGGUUGCCUUCAGCAUGGUCACUUCAUUUUCAAGACUUGCGAGCGCCUAAAGCGCUCAUCUAAAAGUCCGGUGUGUUUGUAUAAGCGCCGGUCACUAUCAGGCUAACAAAUGUUGUCAUGUUAAAAAAAAUGUUAAAUGGAUAUCAUAGACUGAUCCAUAAUAAAUUAGUUCCAUAUUUCCCUGUUAUAUGGUUACUGCUAUCGUUACUGAUUACCUAGUUUAGUACGAAUGGUUAGUAAAGACAGAUUACGUGAUACACUAGCCCAUUUAUUUAUAAGCUUUUUUAUUCAGUGUUAUAUUUCUUUUAAGUAGUAGAAUAUAAGAAAGACAAACUGAAUUUGUUAAGACGCUGACUGCAAGUGCAUCCAUCUCUUGUACCGCAACGACUAUGCGCACGCGCACGCCAAGCGUGAGUUACGGAAGACACAUUUAAAUAAGGAAUUACAGAAGUGAUUGCUUUAGGGUUUCAGUAAAAAAAUAAAAAAUAUUGUUUAUUAGAAAGAGAUGUACCAGUCAAUAGUUGUCUCCACUCUUGUAUAAAAUCUUAACUUGAUACAGUUUUUGGUAUUCCGAACAAACGUAAAACUAAAGAAACAUCUUUAUUAAUACAAUAUAUUUUUACGUGAUGAAAAAAAUAAUAAAUAUAUUCGUAUUUAAUAAUUACUUGUAGGAGCUAUCCCCUGAUUACAAUAUAGCUCAAGAUUAGUGAAUUUGCUUGUGAUGAUUAAUGACCAUACAAUACUGUUUUCUUGUUUCAGUUAUUUCAUUUGUAAUUCAAAAACUUGUAUAUAAAUAUAUACAGAUAAGAGUCCUAUGGUUUCUCUUUACCUUGAAUGUGAGUUAAUUUAUGACCUGCAAGUAUGCAUAAAAGUUGAUUUAUAUUGUUUAAAACCGUGUAUUCGAAAGCAAUAAUUACAAUAGCUGAAGCUUUAUAAUAAAGCUGAUGUUCCUUUUCAAAUUAUAAUUUUAUAUAAUUUAUGUUUCCUGUAACCCUUUGAGCAACACUAUAGUCUACUGCUGACAAUCAGUAGUGAUACAAUUUAAUACUAUACUGUUGAGCAAAGGUUUUUAAAUGCUCCAAGCUGUUCAUCCCCGUUUAUGAGGGUGAAUUUGAGGUGACACCAUCAGCUAUUAUUAUUGACUUAUAAAUUUGUGAAUGAAUUUUUAUAGUGUACGUAAAAUAGAAUAAGACUGUAAAUAUUUUUUUAUUGUUCAAUAUACAAAAAUGUGUCGUAAA